AUGCGCAUCCAAAUCUCCUACAUCAACCCCCCCCUUUCAUUCUCCCUUCCUCGUGCUCCCCCUUUCAGUCGCCGUGCCUGUGUUCAUGACAUGGCGACCUUCGGCAUUGAGGCGCAAGAUGUAGUGCGAAUUAUCCUACAGUUCUGCAAGGAGAACGCGCUACAGCAGACCCUACAAGCACUGCAGGAGGAGUGCCAGGUGCCGCUCAACACUGUUGACUCCCUCGAGACCUUCGCCGCUGACGUCAGCAACGGCCGGUGGGACGCGGUGCUCCCGCAAGUGGCCCAGCUGAAGCUUCCAAGAAAGAAGCUGGAAGACCUGUACGAGCAGAUCAUUCUGGAGCUGGCGGAGCUGAGGGAGACGGAGACAGCCAAAUCCAUCCUCAGACAGACGCCCACCAUGCUCGCCAUGCGCCAGGACCAACCUGAUCGCUAUCUUAAACUGGACCAUCUUCUGGCGCGGGCAUACUUCGACCCCCGAGAGGCAUACGGGGAUUCCACCAAGGAGAGGAGACGAGCAGAGAUCGCACAUGGUCUAUCACAGGAGGUCACAGUGGUGCCGCCCUCGCGUCUCAUGGUGCUGCUAGGCCAGGCGCUCAAGUGGCAGCAGCACCAAGGUCUGCUCCCCCCUGGCACGCAGUUUGAUCUCUUCCGAGGAACAGCGGCAGUGAAGGCGGAUGAGGAUGAGGCCUACCCCACUCAACUCCUGCACACCAUCAAGUUUGGGAAGAAGAGUCACCCCGAGUCGGCUCGCUUUGCUCCUGACGGCCAGUGCCUUGCGUCCUCCUCCAUCGAUGGCUUUAUCGAGAUAUGGGACUUCCUCUCGGGCAAGCUUAAGAAGGACCUGCAGUACCAAGCAGAGGCGACGUUCAUGAUGCAUGAGGAGGCGGUGCUGUGUGUGGGGUGGAGCCGAGACUCGGAGAUGCUGGCCUCGGGGUCGCAGGACGGCAAGAUCAAGGUGUGGCGGGUGCGAACAGGGCAGUGUCUGAGGCGCUUUGACAAGGCGCACUCACAGGGAGUCACCUCUGUCGCGUUUUCUCGGGAUGGCAGUCACCUGCUCAGCGCCUCCUUUGAUGGCACCGCCAGGGUGCAUGGGCUCAAGUCAGGCAAGACCCUCAAGGAGUUUCGAGGGCACACCUCGUUUGUUAACGAUGCUGUGUAUUCUGCCGAUGGUGGCCGUGUUAUCACUGCCUCCUCCGAUGGCUCUGUCAAGGUGUGGGACGUCAAGUCACUCGAGUGCUUGCACACGUUCAAGCCACCACCACCCCUCCGAGGAGGAGACGCAUCAGUGAACACGGUGCUCCUCUCGCCGCGCAACGUGGACCAUGUGUUUGUGUGUAACCGCUCCUCUUCCAUCUUUCUCAUGACGCUGCAGGGCCAGGUGGUGCGCAGCUUCACAUCAGGCAAGAGGGAGGGCGGUGACUUCGUGGCGGCGUGCCUGUCCCCCAAGGGCGACUGGAUCUACUGCAUGGGCGAGGACGCCAACAUGUACUGCUUCAGCUUUCAGAGUGGCAAGCUAGAGCAUCUCAUGAAGGUACAUGACAAGGAUGUGAUAGGUAUCACCCACCAUCCCCAUCGCAACCUCAUUGCGACUUACAGUGAAGAUUGCACCCUCAAGCUAUGGCAGCCCUAG